UGCCGGUACUGCAAGAAUGCCGAGCAAUAAGGAAGAGCGGGCGACCCAGAUGUAUGCAGCCCUAGGUAUAGGGUUUGUAUGUGUUGUGAUUGGGAUUCCAUUGUGGUGGAAAACAACAGAAGUUUACCGUGUCAGCCUGCCUUAUAGAGAAAUUGCAGAUAUUUCAAAAACAAUGAUUAAGUAUACAGUGGAUCUUGAUAUCAUCAAUGGAGACCAAUCUCUGUCAGGAGACCAUAUCACACAACUUUCUCGUCUGUUGUCAGAUAAACUGGAGACAAGAGAAGCUGAAGUAGCACCAUAUUACCGCUUGAAUAUACGUGAUGCUACAGAAAAAGAGCUGGCAAAGGUCAAGGCCAUGACCUCUACAUCAGAUGUGGAUGGUCAGUUUGUGUCUGGGGAAGAUGGCAUCAACAGGUACCAGGUGGUGAUAAUCCCGAAGAUAUCUCCUUUGUCAUUACAAAAGCCAUUCCUUAGUCUUGGUAGAACAGUGCUGGUAAAGUCUGCAGGAUCUUCAGAUAUUCAAAGUUUGGCUGAUAGGAUAUCAAGAGUUACUCAGGACAGUUUGGUAAAGGAAGAAUCUCUAAGUAAGGCUUUCCAUACUGGAAAAGGUACUGGGGACAGAACCCUAAAGCCAGAGAAGUCAAGUAUGAGAUCUGUACGGUCAAAUCCAAGUUAUGACAUCACUUUCACACUAGUCAAUCCUCAGCCAGAUAUCCUUGAUGUCCAGUGGGAUAUAGAAGAAGCUGUCAAAGAUUACCUUGAUCCUUUUCUACAACAGUUGAACAAGUACGCUGAGAUCAAUGUUAAAUCUCAGGUUCUCUACUUCACUGGGUUUCUCAAAAGGAUGAAGAGAGACAGUAAAAAACAGGCAUUUCUUUACACAGACAAAGACCUACCUCAUGUCAUCAAUCCACUGGAGGCAAAAUUAGGUUCACACACCUCCAACAACCCAGCCUUGAACUUUCUUAUAUAUGUACCAAGUCGAGACCAACACCCAAUCUAUAUUGUCGACAGUAAGGGUGUAGAAGUGGAGUCCAACUCAUUCCUUAGUCCCCAAUGGGGUGGUAUCUACAUUCAGAAUGCCCCCAGCCCCUCGGACAAUGACACUCUGCCUGUUACUGUGGAGCUUGACAUGCGUCGUGCAAUGGAAGUUUUUAUCUCCCAGCUUCGCCUCCUCCUCAACUUCCAGUCACAGAAAAAUGGUGAUGCUCUUGUUGCUGAUGUUGGCAAUCAGGUCAUUUCAAAGUGGGAACUUGAUGGAUGGCUGAGAAGUCGUUGUUUGGAGAACCUAGGAACAUCUUUAGCAACACUUCAGUCCCUAGCUCAGUUACUAGGGGAGAUAAGUAACAUCGUAAUACAGGAUGACAUCGGACAACAGGUUCAGGAUGCAGUAGACAGUAUACGUGAGAGUCAGCACCAUCUGGUGGAGGGCAGACUGGAGAAGGCAUUCCUGGAAUCUCGAAAUGCUAUUGUGUGUUCAGAAAAAGCCUUUUUUGAUCCCUCUCUUCUGGAGCUACUGUAUUUCCCUGAAGAUCAAAAAUUUGCCAUCUAUAUCCCACUGUUCCUUCCUAUAAGCCUCCCAGUGUUAGCGUCACUAUGGAAGGCAUUUAAGUGGAUGAGAGAGGACAAAAAACAGAAGAAAGAAUGACAUCAUACACCUUGUGUAUUACAAUAAACCUGAUAAGGAUCUGAGGAGAGCGAGGACGGAAAACAGAAGAAAGAAUGACAUGUAUAUCAUGUGAGACCUCUAAACCUGAUUAGGAUCUGAGGAGAUAGAGAGAGAACGGAAAAAAAAAGAAAGAAUGACAUGUAUACCAUGUGAGACCUCUAAACCUGAUUAGGAUCUGAGGAGAUAGAGAGAGAACGGAAAAAAAAAGAAAGAAUGACAUGUAUACCAUGUGAGACCUCUAAACCUGAUUAGGAUCUGAGGAGAGCGAGAGAGAGAGAGAGAACAAAAAAAAGAAGAAAGAAUGACAUGUAUACCAUGUGAGACCUCUAAACCUGAUUAGGAUCUGAGGAGAGCGAGAGAGAGAGAGAGGACGGAAAACAGAAGAAAGAAUGACAUGUAUACCAUGUGAGACCUCUAAACCUGAUUAGGAUCUGAGGAGAGAGAGAGAACGGAAAACAGAAGAAAGAAUGACAUGUAUACCAUGUGAGACCUCUAAACCUGAUUAGGAUCUGAGGAGAGAGAGAACGGAAAACAGAAGAAAGAAUGACAUGUAUACCAUGUGAGACCUCUAAACCUGAUUAGGAUCUGUGGAGAGCGAGAGAGAGAGAGAGAGGACGGAAAACAGAAGAAAGAAUGACAUGUAUACCAUGUGAGACCUCUAAACCUGAUUAGGAUCUGAGGAGAUAGAGAGAGAACGGAAAAAAAAAGAAAGAAUGACAUGUAUACCAUGUGAGACCUCUAAACCUGAUUAGGAUCUGAGGAGAGAGAGAGAGAACGGAAAAAAAAAGAAAGAAUGACAUGUAUACCAUGUGAGACCUCUAAACCUGAUUAGGAUCUGAGGAGAGCGAGAGAGAGAGAGAGAACAAAAAAAAGAAGAAAGAAUGACAUGUAUACCAUGUGAGACCUCUAAACCUGAUUAGGAUCUGAGGAGAGCAAGAGAGAGAGAGAGGACGGAAAACAGAAGAAAGAAUGACAUGUAUACCAUGUGAGACCUCUAAACCUGAUUAGGAUCUGAGGAGAGAGAGAGAACGGAAAACAGAAGAAAGAAUGACAUGUAUACCAUGUGAGACCUCUAAACCUGAUUAGGAUCUGAGGAGAGAGAGAACGGAAAACAGAAGAAAGAAUGACAUGUAUACCAUGUGAGACCUCUAAACCUGAUUAGGAUCUGAGGAGAGCGAGAGAGAGAGAGAGGACGGAAAACAGAAGAAAGAAUGACAUGUAUACCAUGUGAGACCUCUAAACCUGAUUAGGAUCUGAGGAGAGAGAGAGGACGGAAAACAGAAGAAAGCUUAGACUGAUGCUGUGUUGUUUGAGUACAAAGUGAUGUGUGUGAACAUUGUUUUACUUUGGGUACAUGGUGAUAUAUGUAUGAAUGCUGUUUUACUUUGGGUACAUGGUGAUGUGUAUGAACACUGUUUUACUUUGGGUAUAUGGUGAUAUGUAUGAAUGCUGUUUUACUUUGGGUACAAAGUCAUACAUGUGUUGUAUGCAGUUUGAACAUUAAUGAGAUUCGGUUUCUGUCCAUGUUUGAGGUCAAGUCAGAGAACAGUAGAAUAAGUAAUAAGUAUGCAUGUAGGAAAUACCAGACUGUUGGGUUCAGAGAUUGUAUGCCGUAUGGAAGUUAGGUAACACAGUUUCAAAUGUAUGGAAAGAAGAACCCACCAGAUAUUGUGAAUGUGUAUGUGUUUAUUUGACAUGUUUACUAAUUAUAUAAAACAUCUGAUAAAACAGUUAUUGACCAGUUGUUAGGUGAAUUAGGAAAUAUCACUUUCUCAGGUGAUAAAUCAUCGUAUUCACCUAAAAUCAGGUCAAUAAUUGCAUUAUAUAUUAUACAGAUAUUGACUUAUUUACAGGGUUGUGUUAUCAUAUGAUUACGAUCACAGACUCUGAUUGGUCUUGUGUUAUCAUAUGAUUACAAUCACAGACUCU